AAAAAUGGGACAAAAAUUACAGCUGUUUUUCUUGCUAUGCCUAGUAUUAGCCAACUGUCAAGAUCAAGGGACCAAGAUCCUUUCUCAUAGCUUCGACUUCCCAAAGAAGGAGUAUCCUCACUUGAUCCAUAACACUUAUGGAGCAUCAAUAAUUUCUAAAAAUUUCAUAAAGCUUGUCCCUGCGGUUCCUUUCAGAGCUGGAGAAGUUGUGACAGGAGUAAAAAGUUUCAUUGAUGAUUUCAGAGCUGACAUCGAAUUCGAGAUAAUCUCUAGUCCCACUAACAAUCCAUACGGUUUCGGAAUCUGGUACCUUAAUGCACUCAAAGAAGUCAAUGAUAGAAAAGGUAGCCUCUUCGGGCUUAAAGGUGAUUUCUCUGGCUUAGGAAUCUUUGUUUUCAAAAACACUAACGGAGGUCAAUGGAUCGUUCACGGAUUAUUUAACAGGGGAAUGGAAGAACAAUACAUAGAUGAGAGUAAAAUCAAUGAGAAUAACGCAUGCUCUAUCCUUGGUAGUGUAGAAAAUACCGUCAGAACAAUAAGACUUGAGAAAUCUCAUAAAAAGGUAAAAGUGUCUAUCAAAGAUCCAUCAACAGGGAACUACGGGGAAUGCUUUUCCAUCUCAAAUGAUGGUCUUGCGUACAAAGGCUACUUUGGUUUCUCGACUGACAAUUUCGAUGAACAACAUGUGAAUGAUAUAAACCUCUACAGUCUAAAUGUAUUUAAUAUUGGAGGCCAAAAAGUCGAAAAAUCUCUAAUGAAUGAUCAAGAGAUCAACACAGAUGCGAAGAAAGGCAGAGAUAUCCUUCAUAAAUACACAGCUGAUAAGGAUGGAGUCAAUAGAAUGAAAGUUGACCUCAGAAAUAGAGAGAAUCAGAGUGGCAGAAGUUCUUCUCAGAAUGCACAGAAGGGAAGUAAAGAUGGUCAGAAUACAGGAGAAGCUUGGCAAGAUUGGUCAGGUGUUUCAAAGGCUAGUGAGUCAAGUGAAAUUAUGGUCAAUUUCAGACAUAUCCAAGCGAAAUAUCAGGAGCAUGUCAAUGAGUUUCAGAAGAAUAUUGCUAGUAUAGAUGCCAAUACUGCUCAAAUUAUUGAGUUUAAUAAACAGAAAGCAUGGAAUAUGUCUGCAAAUUAUAAAGCAAUGGAAAGAAAAGGACAAGAGCUUUAUCAAUCAAGAGCAGGGCUUCAACCCCAACAAAACCAAAAUAACAACAACGAGGAAGCUGAUAAGUUAAAGGAUAUGAUCUAUAACCUCGAUGUUAAAAUCGCUGCUAUUGAAAAAGAACUAGCAGAAUUCCAAAGUACAGGAGAGAUGAUCACAACAGGGCUCGAAGAAGAUCAUCAAAACAAGGUCCAAAUCACUCAAAAAUACAUCGAAAAAGCAUUUGAUCCAACAGUAGGAGAUCUUGUGAAGCCAAAGUCCUCUUUCCCAAUCAGCUUCACUACCCUGUUUUUCUUGAUCAUCAUAAUACUCGCAUGUGUGUUCAUCUUCACUCACAUGAAGGAAUGGAGCAUGGUAACGCAUAUUCUGGAGAAGGAGAAGAGGAAGUUGUAAUACAUAUCCAUUCAGCUGAAUAA